AUGCCAUCAAAUCCAUCAACGAACACUAAAUCCUCCAACAACUCUAAAUCGAUACCUUCCCACACACCAGCACCAAAACCAUUGAAUCGACAGAGACGUGCAACGACAUCAUCUUCAUCUUUUAUAUUUGCGCCUAGUUGGUUGAUUAAUCUGAACAACAAGACGGGGCCUGCAUCGACGGUUUUGAGUCCUGCUUAUGCGUCAACUAAUGAUUCUAAAAAGGAAGAUAGAAAGUCGGCUAUUUUAGGGAAAAGGGAUGCAUCUUCUAAUAAAGAAACGAGCAAUGGUUUUCAGAGAACUCGCUCUCCUCCACAUACAAAGUCACGAGACUACCCGAAAUCUCGCCGGGUGUCUAUGGUCGCAUUAGGUGACAACGAGUCGGCUACAAGAACAACACAUGGACGCGCUCGCUCAUCUUCACAGGCUACGGCUCCAAUAUCAUCGUCGCCGAGCAGCUUUGAUCGUAAUUUUCCAACUCUUGCGAAAAGGAAGAUUUCAUUGUCUGUAGAUUUGCCACCCAAAAAUGUAGAAAACAUAUGGGCCAAUUCAGAUGCGAAAUCAAAACUUCUUUCACCGACCGCUUUGACUCCAACAUCAGAGGAUGACAUGUCUUACAACCGAGCCAUCGAUCCAAAUCUAGAACGGUUCAAAUCCCUGGUUCCCAAAGUUGACACCAUCAAGCUAGAUGGAAAACGAGGUUCAAAACGCAAGACAAGUCGGUCCCUUUCCAUGGACAGUGUCGGAGGCGGUGCAACCACGUCUCCAACGAUUGUCUUUCGUAGCAAUACAACUCUUUCAACCUCACGAAACAUGCCUCAAACUCUCCGAAUGCAGGCAAAGGACAAUAAUAACACAACGACCACACCAACGAGGCCAAUUGCCAUCCAGCAAUCGACUAGACCGCGGGCAGUGUCUGCUGCUGCCGGGAAUGGAAUCAAGAGGCUUUCUACGUCUCCCACUAAAAUGAACGUGCUUAACCUGUCCACUAGAAAGUUGAACGGAUUAGGCAACGGUAUUGUUGGAAGCGGAGGAAAGUAUUCUUCGAUAUGGAGUAAUCCGGCAAAAAUGGGUAGGGUGGGUCUAUUCAAAAUGUACGAGGAAGGAUUGUCAAGUGAUCGUAAAGAGAAUGGUAGCAUGAGGGUUAUGGAUCUUAAGGAUCUCCAAAAACAAACUCCAACACCGCCACAAGAGCAACAAGAAAAAGAUCAGAAAGAACAGAAACCAAGCACCACAAGACCCAUUCCCUCCCAUCCGCCUACCACCGAUCCAAAUAUCGCCAGUUCGCUCCCAAUAUCCGCCUCUCUAGAGCGCGAGGAAGAUUUCCUCCGUCAACUUGGCUGGAAAAAACCCUACGACGAAGGUGACGAUAGCCUCUGGGCCAUUACCGAUGAAGAACGUCGAGCGUUUGUGAGAUUAGUGCGAACGCUCAACGGUGCUGAGGAAAGUAAUAAAAUACAAUCAGACUCGGAGGAUACGUUAUCGGUUGGGGAGAUUGAUCAAGCAAAGAACAAGUGGGCAUCGUUUAUGGCGAGCAAGCAACAGCGCGAUAAGGGAGCGGGAAUUUUUGCCGGAGGGAAUGGAAAGAGGCACUUUUUCGUUGAGGAACAGUUCAAAAUCGAAGAGGAGAACGAAGAGUGGGACGUUGAUGGUGGUCAGUCCACGACAUAUAAUCCUUUGCGCCAGGACAUAAACUUUUCCAAGCGCUUGGAUAUGUUGAAUGUUGCAACAAGUCAAGUUAGUAACCCUUCUAGUAACAAUUUCGUGCUGGAAAAAGAAACCGACUCUGAUGAGGCUGAUGAGCUAUUCAGGUAG